CGACUCAAACAGUGCACGCAGGGCAUGCGUGGAUCAUUGCAACCAAACAACCUUAUCUACGAUAGACCAAUGCAUAUAUAGAUGUAUGUGUAUGUACCUGCAUUUGUAGCAUUGCGCAUCUAAAAUUACACAAAGGCAGUCAAUAUUUUAAAUUAAAUUUGCAAAAGACGGCGAAAUUAAUGAAAAAAUGGACCAACGCGUGUUUUUGACGCUGCUUUUUGUUUUAUGCGGAGCUUUUAACGUGCUGAUUAUCAAAUGGUCGAAUCAGCAAUUGGUGGAAUGCAGCGAUGGCAUAUGGCGUCGAUUCCAACAUCCUGUGGUGCUGACCCUUCUCAUCUUUCUGGGUCAGCUUUUGUGCUUUUUUGUCUACAAACUAACAUAUCACUUUGUCAGCCGACGCGGCUUGGGUGCUGAUCAGGAUCAUAUAUUGACGCGAGGGAGCAGGGAGUUCCAACCCUUGAGCAUGUUGUUGCCGUGUUGCUUGGACACCAUUGCUACGAUUUUGCUGUUUACCGGCUUGUAUUUGACUUAUGCCACCAGUUUUCAGAUGAUAAGGGGCGUCGCCCUGAUCUUUGUAGGCCUCUUCAGCACCAUGUACUUGAACCAAACACUCACCACUCGGCAUUGGCUGGCCAUAUUUACAAUAACUUGUGGUAUUGUGGACAUACUGGCUUUGGAUGUGCAACGUGUGGACUAUGAUUCGAAAAGCUUGCCACAUACCGAUCACAAUACCAUAUUGACGGGUGAUCUUUUGAUCAUUUUGGCCGAAGUACUGCAUGCCUUCCAGUAUGUGUAUGAGGAGAAACAUUUGAAGGCAUCGGAUUUGGUGCCGUUGCAGGCAGCAGGCUGGCAAGGAAUCUUUGGCACAGUGAUUACACUGUUCUUGGGAAUUUGCUUGCACUUUGUGCCCAGUGCCACGCCCUUCAAUGACAACUCACGUGGUGUGUUCGACGACCUAAGCGACCUGUGGCCACAAUUGCAGAGCAAUACAUUGCUUGUAUUAGGCCUCGUUGGGUUUAUAUUCUCCUGCGCCAUCUACAGUUUUGUUGGCCUCUCCAUUGCUAAGUUCUCGUCGAGUGCUAACCGCUUGCUGGCCGACGGACUGCGCGUCUAUUUUAUUUGGAUAUUUGUCAUCAUGGCCGAAUGGGAAUAUAUAAACAUUAUCACUAUCAUGGGCUUCGUCAUCUUGCAAAUGGGCACUAUACUUUAUCGUCAGGCGAUCUUUUUGGAAUGGUACCGUGCGUUCUUGGCCCGCUUGCAACGCACUCGUUACUCGGAUCUGAAUGCUGAUACUGGACCUCCACCCAGCAGUCGUCCAGCUGACGUUGUCUAGACUAGAAUGUGGUCCUAACUAUUGUUAGGAUGUAGAUUGUAUCGUAGUAUGUGAUAUGGAUGGCGCUGUUGAGAUAUUUGGCUGAUUUUCAAAAAUAUGAAUCUAAACAAUAAACUCCUAAAAUUUAAGUAAAUAUCAAUUUAUUUCAAACUCAAUAUUUUAUUUCUUGAUGAAGGAAAAAUACACAAUUUCUCUAUAAACAUA